UUCCUGCAUUUUUUUCUGUGUGUCAGGGACCAGUCUUUCCUUCUGGUCACAUUUCUCUCCGCAGUAACACACCCAGCAAAGACAUGAGACUGGAACCAGGGAUUUAAAACCAGGAGGCUGUCCCGCACUCCAGAUCAAUUAGAAGCCCAGUAUUAGGCCCUGUCCCUCCCUCCCUCGCCCCCUGAGCAGUCAACCAUGGAGAACUCAUCUGUAGCCUCUGCUUCCUCUGAAGCUGGCAGCACACGCUCACAAGAGAUUGAGGAGCUGGAGCGUUUCAUCGACAGCUACGUCCUCGAGUACCAGGUCCAAGGGCUCCUGACCGAUAAGACGGAGGCAGAGGCAGACGGAGAGGGUGACAAGACCCAAUGCAGCGUCUCGCAGUGGAACGAAGACUGCAGAGACAGAAUAGAUGGAAGCUGGUCUUCUUCCAAAGGGAAGGGCUCCUCCAAACCAAACAAUCAGGUUGAGUGGGAGCACAGUAGCAAUGACAGUACUGGCUCAAGACCCAGCUCUGGUUCAAGGCCUGGGUCUGGAUCUAGGUCUGGUAGCAGGGGACGAAACAACCAGUUCAGGACUACAGGGAAGAAUGGAAACAAAGAUGACUCUUUUGACAUCCUUGGAACAGACAUUUGGGCUGCCAAUACAUUUGAGUCUCAUGGUGGCGCAACAUGGGAUCUUCAGCCUGAGAAACUGGAUUUUACUCAGUUCCACAGGAAACCCAUCCAGGGAACACCAAAGCACCUCCCUCACAUUGACAGAGAAGGGAUGGUGAAAGGGAAGUUCGAGGAUGAUGAUGGCAUUAAUUUAAAUGACAUGGAGAAGUUCCUGCCAGUCUUGCCGGUCUACCAGCCUCUACCUAAUGAAGCUGAAAUUGCACAAACCAAAAAACUGUUCAGAAGGCGAAGGAACGAUCGGCGGAAACAACAGAGACUUCCAGGUGGAAACAAAGCCCAGCACCCUCAACAGCAGCAGCCACCACAGCAACAGCAACAACAGCUGCAGCACCAAGAGUAUCCACAGAGCAACACUAAACACAACCGGGAGCAUCCCCGGCCAUACCAGGGACAGGCCUCACACCCUUCAGGGAGACAGGGCUCCUCGCACCAUGGCUAUAGCCAGAACCGCCGCUGGCACCACAACCAGAAGCACCAGCCAGCGCCCGGUUGUGGUAGUGAAAAGGACACCCCCAACAGAAACACCAAAGACUCUGAGAAUGUGAGGACAGAGGAGCUCCCCUCGGCUGGCCUGUGGACUAAGCCGGAAGCCGAGUUGGACAACAGCCAACCAGAGGGGUCUGCCCCGGCAAACUCGGAGGUGAAACGCAAGAGCAGCCUCACAGACGGACACAAAGUCAACUUGCUUCAGUCUUCCAAAGAGAGGCUGCGAAGAAGGCUAAAACAAAAGGAUGAAGUCUUGGUGGAGACCACCAACCCUCAGAAAAACCGCAUGGACAAGCUGAUCGAGAUCCUGAACAGCAUGCGGAACAACAGCAGUGGCGUGGACUCCAAGCUCACUACGUUCAUGGAGGAGGCCCAGAACUCAACCAACUCGGAGGAAAUGCUGUCCGAGAUCGUCAAGACCAUCUACCAAAAGGCUGCCACGGACCGCAGCUUUGCUUCUACCGCCGCCAAACUCUGCGACAAGAUGGCCCUGUUCAUGGUGGAGGGGACCAAGUUCAGGAGUCUGCUGCUCAAUAUGCUGCAGAGGGACUUCACACAGCGGGAGGGGCUGCAGCAGUCGGAUGUGGAGCGCUGGCUCGGCUUCAUUACCUUCCUCUGCGAGGUGUUCGGUACCAUGAGGAGCAGCUCUGGGGAGCCCUUCAGAGUCCUUGUGUGUCCCAUCUAUACCUGUCUCAGGGAGUUGUUAGACUCGCAGGAGGUCAAAGAAGAUGCUGUCCUGUGCUGUUCAAUGGAGCUGCAAAGCACUGGCAAACUGCUGGAGGAACAGCUGCCUGAGAUGAUGAUGGAGCUACUAGCAGCGGCGCGCGACAAGAUGCUCUGCCCAUCGGAGUCGCAGCUGACACGCUCCCUACUGAUGGAGGUCAUCGAGCUGCACGCCCAUCAGUGGAACCCACUGGAGGCCCUCACCACCCAGUACUACAACCAGACCAUCCAGAAACUCACCACCUGAAGAAACGGCAGGGAGGGGAGCCAGGGAGGGCUGGAGGGGGGGUAGGAGGUGGAUGAAACGGAAAAGACAAGGAGGUGGUGAACCGUCAUAUAAUAUUAAUAAACAACCAUAACAUAACAAAAAAAGAUAACUGCAGAGAGACAUCCCAGCAUGCCAUCGGGAAUCAUUCAGCAGAAGAGAUUGUGGGCUGGAGGUGGGGGAGGUGGGGGUUGUCCCUUCUUUUUUGUGUUUCAAUUCGUGUGCCAACCUUCCUCCCUCACAACCCCCCCAGGGUUUUGUAUCAUAGUGGCUACAUUCACAGACUUCAAGCCAAGAUGCUUUCUAAAAAGAUGGGGGAAUAAAAUAGACUAAAGACAGGGCUAAAGCCAGGCUUGGUAUUGUUCUCGUGCCAUUGUGUGCAAACCACAGUGGCCGACGGGCAGGAGACAAUAAGCGGCAGAUGUCUCUGGGAAGGACAAUGGAAGGCACGUUCCAAGCCAGACCUUAAAAUUGAAUAUUGAAGACAUGAGAGAGACACAGAAUGAGACAGAUAAACAAUCCACUUUUAACAAGCAGUGCUUGUUCUUUCAGUAGCUCUUGUUUAUUGUUAAUUAUUCUUUGAAAUUCUUUUCGUUUUUAAAAAUGAUUUGAAUUCUAGUAUAGACCUAUUGCACAGGUUUAUUUUAUUUUGCACUGUUUUAAGGCAAACGCUUAAAAAAAAAAAAAAGAAAAAGAAAAAAUAAAGACCGGUCGAAUAGAAUAGUGUUAAGAGCUUACAAAUAAUUUAAAUAAAGUUUUAUCGUAGGAAAAGAGGACAUUCAACGACAAGGGGUUUGUGGGAAGUUUUUAACCAUUUGGGAGCUCAGAGGUCAUGUGAACCACAGCAGUUCAGAGUUUAGCGUCAUUGUUUUAAACCAAAUGUAUUGGGGUCUUUAAAGCUUACAGAUGGUAAGUGUUGCAAAUAGCUGGAGAAAAUGUCUUUUCUCCCUGCAAUCAGCAAAAAAAAUAACGAAAGAAACUAAUGUUUGUCUGCUCUUGUGAAGCUGCUCAAAUAGUGGGGGUGUAAUUUUAAUCAUUUUGCAAAGGACGUCUAUGAAAUUCUUUACAUAUAUCUCAGACUUGUCUUUUUUUUUUUUUUUUUUUUUUUUUUUUUUUUUUAAAGUGGGUUUUGCAGCUCAUAAAAAUGUUACCGUUCUAGUAUUUUCACUUACUGCUGAGAUGUAGACAGGCCACGCUAAGUGGUUGCAUAUGUUAUUUUAAAUAUAUUUAUUUUAUUUUAUUUUUUUUAUUUUUUUUCCUAGUAUAUAAUAUAGAAUUAUAAUAUUGGAAGACUUCAAUAUCUAGGACUCACACUUUAAAGAGCAAUGGUUGAAAAAAUAUGUUUUUUUAAAUUGAGCAAUUCCCUUCUUCAGACUGAGCAUUUGCUGCCAUUCAAUGAACUCUGGAAGACAAGCUUAAAUUAGUAGUGCUGUUGGGCAAUUAGUCACCUUACACCCUGUUUCUGCAUGAAAGUAUUCUGCUAUCUCUGUGCAGGGUCAUCAGAUCCAUCUCUACAUGCGAUCAUGGGGUUUAUUUGUUGUUAUUUUCUUUUUUAAUGUAGUCAUCACCCUGUUUUUUUGUUUCCAUUUGGAAGUCCUGGCAGACAUGUUUGAUUUGAUUGGCACAAUUAUUAUUAUUUUUUUAUUAUUAUUUUAUUUUUUGUACUAUGUUUCUAUUUAGCAUCACAAGAUUUUGCCAGGUUAAAAAUAUAGUUUCUCUUGUGAUAACAUGUGAAAUGAAAUUGUACAUGCCCCAUCAGCUGCCACGAGACUCUCUAUUGACCAAUUCAGCAUAACUUAUUAAACAUCAAUGAAAAAUGAAA